GUUCGAAAUCUCCCUUCUGUUUUGAAUGAGUGGUCAGUUCGAAUCGAAGGAACCAGGAACGUACCCUUAGAGUAAUAAACUGAACAUCGAACAAGUCUAAACAAGAAUGUAUGAUUAAACAAUAACUUACGCAAUAGUUUCUUCUUGUUCGUGCACUAGUUCGAGAUGGAGGCUGGCAGUCAUGCGCGCGUCAUAGUUCAUUUGGACAUGGACUGUUUUUAUGCCCAAGUAGAAGAAAUAAGGAAUCCAUCUCUUGCUGGACAACCUCUUGGUGUUCGUCAGAAAAACAUUGUAGUUACAUGUAACUAUGAAGCUCGUGCGUUAGGGGUGCGCAAGUGUAUGUUAGUGGAAGAUGCUACUCGCCUCUGCCCCAACAUUUCACUUGUUGUUGGAGAAGAUCUGGCACCAUAUCGACAUGCCUCAGCACAAGUGACUGCCAUUCUUCAACAGUUCAGUCCUCUGGUGGAGCGACUUGGUCUUGAUGAAAACUUUGUUGAUGUUACUCAGCUUGUCAACAAACGAUUAGAGCUGCGCAAGGCAAACUAUGACAGUAGUGCGGGUUCAGCUAUUGAGGUGGACAAUGAAGCUGUCCCUUUUGUCUUUAAUGAUGAUUAUGGCUCAUGCUGCUGUGGCUGUAGAGCACGCUUGAUUGAAGGAACACAAGUGGCUAAAGACAUGCGUGAUAGAAUUAGGACUGAACUCCAAUUAACAAGUUGUGCUGGAGUAGCUCAUAACAAGUUAAUGGCAAAACUAGUUUGUUGUACACACAAACCAAAUCAGCAAACUGUAGUAUUCCCCGGACCUGCUGUCAGAGCUCUCCUCAGUAGCUUACCAAAUAUCCGCUCUCUUCCUGGAGUUGGGAGUCGCACUGCAGACAUAUUACAGGAGCUGGGUGUCACAAGUAUGCCAGAGCUUCAAGCUCAUCCUCUUCCUGCAUUAAAGGGAGCCUUGGGUAGCGACACUGCUCUACGAUUAAAAAACAAUAGCUUAGGUGUGGAUGAUUCUGAAGUCAAAGCCUCAGGAAAACCAGCAUCAAUAGGAAUAGAAGAUGGUUUUCGUCGAGUAAGUCUGCAAAGUGAAGUGAGGGAAAAGCUCAGUACUUUGCUUACUCGUCUUUUAAAGCUUGUGGAAGAGGAUGGUCGCGCACCAACGACAAUAAGAGUAACAGUGCGCAAGUUAGAUCGAUCCAAGGGGACCACACACCGUGAAAGUCGUCAGUGCAAUGUAGCUAGUCUUCAGGCUGAGAGAUUGAUGACUACUGUAAUGAUGCUAUUUCAUCGUAUAGUUGAUAUAAAUCAACCAUUCCAUCUUACUCUCUUAGGACUAGCAUUUACAAAGUUUCGUGCUCGUGGUAUUGGAAGAGGGUCAGUAGCAAGUUAUCUUGUGCGAGAUCGUGACCUAUCAGUACAAACCUUAACCAACCUAGAGGGAGAGGGAAGUGGUUCCUCCAUCAUCAGGAUACCUCCAUCUCUUGUACCCAAUGAGUCUGGUUCAGAGUCUGAGCCAGAGCUGGAACCUUCUCCUAAGAAAAACCGAGCAGAUAGCUGGCGCGGAAGAGACCUUAUGUCACCUAGCAAGCUGAGAGUUUCUGAAAUGUGCCUUGCAUCACGAUCACCUAGAACUUCAAUAGAUGAAUCAGUUCUCAAGGAAUUACCACCUGAUAUAAGAAUGGAGGUCUUGGAGACAUAUGGUUCUGACACAAGCGAAUCUACUGAUUGCUCAAUGGACUGUGCAAGUGAUUCCGAUAGAUCUCCUAGAAUUAGGAGUAGUCCAGUCAGGAUAAUUGAUGCAAGACCCUCAUUGAAAUCGACUGAAAAAGUGAUGGGUAAGUCAUCUGACGUAUCAAAUGAGAGAGGUCCUGACAAGCCAUCUGCUGGCCCAUGUGUUAGUGAAGCAGCAGCUAGUGGUACAACAACAACAAGUGGUCCUUUAUUGAGGGAAUUGCCCAGUGAUGUUGACCCAGUAGUCUUUGAACAACUACCUGAAAAUGUUCAAGCGGAUUUGUUACGAUCUUGGCGUCUAGAGAAGUGGCACCCGAGCAAGUCAAAGCAGAAUUCCAUUCUACAAUACAUGGUCACAAAUUCAAAGUGAUAGGAUCUUAUCUAGGUAAUAACUUGAUCCAAUUUUUUUCAAUUGUGAUUAUUUUAAUAUUUGACCUCAAAUAUUAAUGAGUGUGAUAAGAGUGAACUGUCUAGCUCUUUGAUUCAGUUUUAAUUGUGUAUACAAUACCCCCUUAACCUUUGCAUUUUUGUGUAAGUCAUAAAUGUAUGUAGAGCAUUCACCCCUCAAUGUGCUCUCUGACUUUUUCCAUUCUGUAUUGUGAAUCAUUUUUGUAUACUUUUCAAGUCUCCAUAGUUCAUACUACCUCAGGUUUUCUUUUUCUUUUUCGCUUGGUUCAAUUCCACCUGUGUUUGAAGAAGGCUUUUGUCAUGAGACCCUAAUAUGCAGUUUUGUUGAAUUGCUUAUGUUAACACUACAUUUUUCUCAGUAUAUCAAUCAUUAUUUUGUUUCAAUAUGGUGAAAGAAGACAUUUAUAUUUUCUAUCUUUGACAAUGACUUGUAAUUCAAGGAGUUUAAAGUGCUAUUAGUGUUUGUACCUGACAGAAUAAUAUAAAGCCCCAAUUUUCUACAAUGUCCAGGCUCAUGUCUUUUCUGGGCUGCUCUAAAAGUGAUUUUCCAUUUUAAUCCUUGGAAUGUGUAUGAUACAUACAGAAGGAGGUGAAAAAAGCUUAUCAGUUCUGCUCUGGGCAACUGUGCCUUUUUCAUUAGGUAAUUUUAUCAAAAAUUACAUUUUCAGAACCAUAGAACAGCACAAUAAGGAGAUGGAUAUUCUAGAUAUAUGGUGAUGGUUUGCAUUUAAGCUAAUAUUUAUGUCUCAACUGUUACUUGUUUUACUUUUCCUGUGUUCUGUUAAUUGCUCUUCCUUGAACAUGCCGGUGAAGGUUAUUACUGAUAUCAGUAUGGUUUGUCUCUCCCAAAGUAUUACUCUUUUAUCCUUUUUGUAAUUUUAAAGGAAACUCACAUUUUUGCUGAAGAGAGCUUUCGGUAGUUCUGUUGUACGUGACUAAAGGUAAACAAUUAUGUUCAAGGCCCAACAUUGGAUUUUCUUGUAAACUUCUAUUUUUGUUCAGGUCUGUUUUGAUAGUGAUUACACAGUACAAUUAUAUAACUUACCUAUUAGUUGAUCAUUGUUCAUGAUAUGUGCAUGAGUCAAUCAAGUAUUUUGUGCCUUAAUGUCAGUACUAACAUUGGGUUUCAGUCGUGAGGUGAUAUAGGUUUUGUAUCUAAUUCUAUAAUUUUAUUGUAUAAAAAGCUCAUUUCAAAAUGAAAUAGUUGUGUUUUUUGGAAUAUGUGUAGUAUUUCAAUUGUUAAAUAAUUAAAGCUGAUUCAAAAUUAAAUCAGAGUAUUGCAGAAGGUUCAUCUUGUCUCUAAUUAUGUCAACAUAGAGGGCAGGAGCACAUCAUUUUCUUUUUGUAAAUACCUUACAAUCUAUUGUGACUCUCUAGUGUCUAUUAUCUUUCUCCUUAUACUAAGAUUGUAGAACCAUCUUGUAUUACAUACAGAAGUGGAUGAGAGUUCUACUGUAGUCAGAGUGUAUUUAGUAAGUGGUUGAACCUAUGCAUAGGUGGCUCACCCUUUCACACCCUUUGAGAGCCAAUAGUCGCAAAGUGUGUUGUCUAACUUGUUGUAAAAUCCCUGUAGCUAUUUUGCUUGUAAUUGAAAUGAACAUGUGUGCCUGGGCCAUACUAUUAAAGAUUAUGGGUGAAAUUAAUGAGGAUAGGGUAAGUAUUGCAAAUGGGUGGGCUUCUUUAAGAGGAGCAAAUUGAAUUUCCAUUGUCUAUCUGGUAUAUGAUAUAUAGCCCAUUAUUAGGAACAAUUAUUGUGUAUGUGCAUCAUGAAGUUAAAUGAUCCAUUCCGCUAAGUAAGCUACAAGGCAUACAAGUUUCAGCAAAAGCAAGCAAUUAUGGCUUGAUAUGGGUGGCGAUGCUAUGCAUCAUGUGAUAAACUCCAUCAUCCAUGUUUGUUUUACUUUAUGGACUGAUACUUAUUUAUUGUAAAGUAUGUUUGUACAUGCUUUGUCAUUAUUUUGUACAAGAGUAAAUAUAUUUUUUUUACACCAAA